GCAAUGUUUUGCCCGGGUCUCUGGCCCCCGCGCAGCCAAUGCGGCUCCCGCAGGAAGCCACGUGGAGCCUCCCCAGUCCUCCCCCCACGGGCCGCCCCCUUUCUCCUCCCCCUCCUCCUCCUCCUGCCAUCGCCGGGCAGCCAUGGCCACCGAGAGCCCCCUGGAAACUCUGCAGCGGGAGAUCACCUGCUCCAUCUGCCUGAGCUACUUCAAGGAGCCCGUGUCCAUCGAGUGCGGCCACAACUUCUGCCAGGCCUGCAUCGCGCAGUGCUGGGGCAAGGCGGACGCCGAGACCACCUCGUGCCCGCAGUGCCGCCGCUGGUCGCGCAAGAGGAGCUUCAGGCCCAACCGGGAGCUGGGCAACGUGGUGGAGGUGGCCAAGCGGCUCCGGCUGGACGCGGCCGCCACGCUGGCUGGCCAGCGGCUGUGCGAGAAGCACCAGGAGCCCCUCAAGCUCUUCUGCGAGGAGGACGAGACGCCCGUAUGCGUCAUCUGCAGGGAGUCCCGGGCGCACAAAGCCCACCCCAUGCUCCCCAUCGAGGAGGCGGCGCAGGACUACAAGAAACAAGUUGCCGCCCAUGUGAAAGUUCUGACAGAACGGAGGGAGAAGCUGAAGGAGUUAAAAGAAGACCUGGAGUGCAGAAGGCAGGCUGAUCAGGAUGAUGUACAAAGUGAGAAGCAGAAGGUGGAGUCUGAAUUUAAUCAGAUCCACGAGUUCAUGGAAAAAAUUGAGCGCUUCCUGGUUAUCAUGCUGAAGAAGUUUGACAAGGAGAUCGUGCAUAGAAGAGAUGUGGAAUCCGGCAGGUUCUCAGGGGAGAUUGAUCGCCUCGAUGCCUUGAUCAGCGAAGUUGAGAACAAGUGCCAACAGCCUGCCAGUGAAUUCCUGCAGGACAUCAGGAACAUUUUGAGCAGAUGUAAAGAAGGACAGAUUUCACAGAUGGCGGAAAUUGCUUCCUCUCCGACUGAGCUGGAAAAGAAACUUGGGCAUUUCAGUCUGAAAAAUAUUGUUAUCAAGGAGGCACUGGAGAAAUGUCGAGAGACAAUGAUAUCUGAAUUGGCAAAAGCAAGGACAAUGGAAGCAUCAGCUAAAAGGAUAAGCGUUACUCUCGACCCCGACACAGCUCAUCCUCUCCUUGUGGUGAGCGAAGACAGGAAAAGUGUGAAACGGGGAGACAUGGUUCAGCCGCUGCCCAACAACCCUGAGAGAUUUGACUCCACUCUGAUUCUCCUGGGCAGUGAGAGAUUCGCCUCAGGGGUACAUUACUGGGAGGUGGAGGUGGGUAAUGGGCAGAACUGGGCCCUUGGCGUGGUCAAAGAGUCUGUGAUAAGGAAGGGACCUGUUGUCACUUGCCCCAAUGAAGGCAUCUGGGCUUUGGGACUCUGUGGGAAUGAGUACAGGGCUUUCACUUUAGCCGAGACUCGUCUGACCCUAGAUGAAGCCCCGGAGAAAAUCCAGGUAUUUGUGCAUUAUGAAAGGGGUUGGGUGGCAUUUUUUGACGCUGGUUAUAUGUCCCUCCUUUUUAUUUUCCAGUCAGCUAAUUUCUGUGGGGAGAGAAUUUGUCCUUUCUUUAAAUUGUGGGGCCUAACUACAGAGCUUAGAAUGUGCCCCUGAAAACAGCCUCUGCAAUAUGUUGGUCCAGCUUGUUUUUGCAAUUCCAUUCCAUUCAUAAUUUUGUACAGAAACACAGAAAUUGGCAAAGAAUUUUCAUUUUGAAAGGAUUUUGACUUAACUCCAUGAAGAGAAGGAGCCUUCAUUUGUGGAAGAAGAGUUGCACCUUCCAUGAGCGCAAGCUCCUUCUAUUCACAGCUAAAAGGUUAGGCUCAAAAUCCGGUUUUUUUAAAUAAGGAGCAAGUUUCUUCCUGUCCCAAACCAUUUUAAUUUAAAAGAAAACAACUUCUAAGUUCACAUAAUUCUAGAGAGGGAGAAAGAGCAUUUUGGCAUCAUAAGAAACAUUUAAGUGCAGGCUGAAUAUUAUAAAUACAUUUCUAUACACUUUUAUAUUGUAUUAUCUCAGCUAGCAUUCAUAUUUCUACUUAACUUGCAUUCUCACCAUCCUCCCCACUGAUCAAGUUGGCUGGGGCUGAUAGGAGUCAAAGUCCAACAUCUCAAGGGCCACAGGUUCCCACUCUGGAUUUAAGCUACGGUUUGCUUAACAAGCCAUGAGUUAAUUCCACGUUGCUUCACAGACAGACAAACCAUGGCUUGUUUCUCCAGAGUUUGGUUUGCUUGCUAGUUGCUCUUGCCUCAUUCCUUUGAAGCUUGGCGAGUGUCUGGGGUGGAAUGGCCAAACAGUUCACAGUUAAGGAAGACU